ACUCCUGCCAAAACCCACCCUCAGUUCCUUCUCACGUCUCGUCCGUCCGAGAACAAACUGGUUUCUCUUACUUUUAAAAAUUCUUCAUAAACCAUGAAGAUUCUCGCCCUGCCAUCCCUCGUCGCCUUCUUCAUCGCGCUCCUCCUCCUCCUCGAGCACGUUUACGGGGCGGAAAAUUCCUCUGAGGAGGAGGAAGACGACGAGUCCAACGAAGACGUCGACAACGACGAGCAAGUCGCCGCCGCCGCCGCCAAGAAAAAGAAGGAGGCAGAAGACGCAGCCGCGGCCGCGGCGAAGCAGCCACCGCUGGUCCCGUACCAACCGUAUUUGGAGGACCCCUGGUACUUCUACAAGUGGCCGGGAUUCGGGCAGGCGGAAGGCGUCGUGGCGAGAUGGCCGUGGUGGCCGCAAGCCGUGCCGGUCGAAGGGCAGAAAAAUGCGGUGCAAGAUGAUGAGAAUAAUAGUGAUGAGGAACAGGACGAUGAAGAUGAUGAAGUGCAGGACGAUGCGGGGGAUCAUGGCCACGGUCACGGCCACGGCGACGAUGACCAUCACCCCCACCACCGCAAAACCUACAAACAAAAGCCGACUGCUGUACACUCGGUCGGCUGGGGUCCAGCCGUUGGAAAGGCGACCUGGUACGGCGUUCUUAAUGCCAAAGUGAAUUCCCGCAGUGAUUUAGAGGACGAUGACGAUAACGACUCGGAGGAAGGACCACGACUACCUCUGACCCGGUUUUCUCCCAAGAUGCGAUAUUCCCCGCGAUCUGAAGACCAGAAUUAUCGCCCAGUUUGGGUCAAGUCGUACGGAUCUCGACCAUAAAACUAUACCGGAAUUUUAAUUUAUAAAGAUAAUGCCAAAAUAAUCAGGGAAAUGCAUUGUGUCAUUUACAUACAUUUUUUACGAAGGACAAAAAAUAAAUGUAAUUUAAUUACCUCAAAACAUA